AUGAUUUUGGUUUGUUUAAUGGAAAAACAAACUAUUCAACAAAAUGUUGGUGUUGUUGGAUUAGAAGAAGAUAAAGCGUACUUUACUUCAGGAACACUUAUUAAUAUUAUAUCAACAGAUGUUGACAAAUUAAUUAAAAUAUGUAUAGAUGCUAUUGACGGAGGUAUUGAAAAUUAUCAACAAACUGGAAGUGCAUGGUAUUUUAAAGAAGUGGAAAAACUUGAAAUUCAUACUGUUGAAUAUAAUCCAACAAAGGGGUCAUCCUACAUUCCUCUUCCAGAUUGGAUAUCAAAUAAAAAAGCAAUAGUUAAUAUUGAAAACAAAGAUGAGAAAUGCUUUCUUUGGUGUAUACUUAGAUAUCUUCAUCCAAGGGAUAGAGAUGAAGAAAGACUAACAGGUUUGAAAAGGUAUGAGUUUUCACUUAAAACCGAAGGAAUUACUUUUCCUAUGAAGUUAAAAGACAUCACCAAAUUUGAAAAACUUAAUCCAUCUCUUCCAGGAAUCAAUGUUUUUUCAGUUAGUGAAAGUAAAAAGUUUUAUCCUUUGAGAAUGGCAGAGAGAGAUUGUUUAAAUACUAUUGAUUUAUUUUUGUACGAAGAAGAUGGUGUUUCACAUUAUUCACUAAUUAAAAACUUUACUCGUUUGAUUAAUACACAAAAAACUGCAAGUAAGAAUGGUACAAUAUUUAUUUGUAAAAAGUGUUUUACUCAUUUUACUAAGUAUGAAUUAUUAGAAAAACAUAUAUAUUGUUCAAAUAAUGAAACAGUUUGUGUAAAUGUGCCUAAAGAAAAUACAAUGUUAGGUUUUAAAAAUUACUACAAACAACUUCCAAUCCCUUUUGUAGUUUAUGCAGAUUUUGAAUCUUUUACCAAACCAAUGAAUACUUGCAGUCCUAAUCCAAAAGAAUCGUAUAAUUACAACUACCAAAAGCAUGAACCCUCAGGAUUUUGUUUUUCUAUAAAAGGAAUAGUAGAUACAAUAUUUGAACCAAUUAUUUACACAAAAACUAAAGACAGUGAUGAUGUAGCGAAGAUAUUUGUUGAAAAACUUGCAAAAGUAACAAAUAAGAUAUAUAAUGAUUUUUAUCGUCGUCCAAUACCUCUUAGACUAACACACGCUGAACAAAAAUCAUUUGAUAAAGCGGAAAUUUGUCAUAUUUGUAAGAAAGAAUUAUUAGAUGAUAAAGUUAGAGAUCAUUGUCAUUUUACCAGUCAGUACCGUGGUGCAGCUCAUAACAGUUGUAAUCUUCAGUGUCGAAAGCCAAUGAUUCUUCCAGUUAUAUUUCAUAAUCUUCAAGGUUAUGAUGCACAUUUAUUUAUAAAACAACUUGCUUGUUUACCAGGUGCGUUGAACUGUAUUCCAUCUACGGAAGAAAAAUAUAUUUCCUUUUCUAAAAAGAUUAAAGUUGAUGAGUACAGGUCUAGACGAAAUGGAGAGACUAUUCCAUUAUAUUUCGAAAUACGAUUUAUAGAUUCAUUCAAGUUUCUUCAAACAUCACUUGCCAAUCUGGUUGGAAAUUUACAACCAGAUGAUUUCCAUAAUACAAAACAAGUAUUUAAGGAAAAUGUUGAACUUUUAACUCGUAAGGGAGUUUAUCCUUAUGACUAUGUUUCAUCAUUUGAAAAACUAACCGAAACACAAUUACCACCAAAAGAAGAAUUUUAUUCAAAGCUAAAUGAUGAAGACAUAACUGAUGAUGAUUACCAACAUGCUAUCAAUGUUUGGAAUACUUUUAAAUGUAAAACAAUUAGAGAUUAUCACAAUCUCACUGAUGUUUUAUUAUUAUCAGAUGUAUUUGAAAACUUUAGAAAAACUUGUCUCAAACAUUACAUCCCAGAUCCAGCUCAUUAUUACACAUCUCCCGGUCUAGCUUGGGAUGCAUGUCUCAAAGAAACAGGUCAGGAAUUACAGUUACUACAUGACUAUGAUAUGUUAAUGAUGUUUGAAAAAGGAAUUCGUGGUGGAAUAUCUCACAUAUCAAAAAGAUACGCAGAAGCAAAUAACAAAUAUAUGAAAAAUUACAAUCCUAAUGAGGAGUCUAGUUAUAUUCAAUAUCUUGAUGCAAACAAUCUUUACGGUUGGGCAAUGUCACAAUCACUUCCUACACAUGGAUUUCAAUGGAUGAAAAACUUAACAAAAGACAGUGUAAUGGAUAUUCUUGAGAAAGCGAAUCAUAGUAUGUCAAAUCUUGGAAGAAAAGGAUAUAUAUUUGAAGUGGAUUUGGAAUAUCCUAAAAAACUAUGGGAAGAGCAUAAUGACUAUCCACUUGCACCUGAAAAGACGAUUGUUAAUGGUGUUGAAAAACUAAUUUGUCAUUUUAAAGCAAGAAAAAACUAUGUUGUACAUUAUCGGAAUUUGAGGCAAUAUCUUGAGAUGGGAAUGAGAAUAACUGCCGUUCAUAGAGGAAUAUCAUUCUAUCAAAGUUCUUGGAUGGAACCUUACAUA